GGUAGAUCUACUGCUUAAAUAUUCCUUUCCUUACCUGAAGAAGUGCUAGCGGUAGACACACCUAUAAACAACAUGGCAAAGCGCGAGCUGCCUGUGUCUUUUGAUGUCGUAAGAGAAAAGAACUUGGAGCAACUCAAACUCUUGAACAGCGUUAUAUUUCCUAUCAAGUAUGCGGAUGAGAUCUACCGGCAAUGCAUGGCGUGCGGCGAGCUGACCCAACUAGCAUUCCACAAUGACGUCCUCGUCGGCGCGAUAGCCGUCCGCUGCGAGAAGCAGGCUAACGGAAAAGCUAAAGCGUACAUCGCCACGCUAGGAGUGCUGGCGCCCUACCGCAACUUUAACAUCGGCAGCAAGCUGCUGCAGCGCUCCCUGGCCGCCUGCCAGCAGGACCCCAACAUCGAGGAGGCGUUCGUGCACGUGCAGGUGGACAACGAGGAGGCCAUUCGCUUCUACCAGCGCCACGGCUUCCAGGCGGGCGAGACGGUGAAGGACUACUACAAGAAGCUCUCAACCCCGGACGCCCUUAUCCUCUCCAAGAAGCUCACGCCGGCGUCAUCUUAAACAAAGUCGCUUCUCUAACAGUGGAAUUCGCGGCAUCUGUGGUGGCGUGCGUCCGCAACGCCGGACGGGUGCUAUCAUUUGUCGCGGCAUCCUGUUAGGAUCGGUGGUUUUACGGUCGUGUAUGCCGGGGCUGGGUCAAGGGCAGCUCUAGUUCGAGCAUACAGCGGUGUUCCCUGGCCUGGCAAGCACGUGUGCGGCGAGUGGGGGGCGUGAGUGCGACGGGGCCCCGCCUAUUGGGCACACGGGGCUGCCCCGCCCCCGGUCCUCAUGAAGCAUGUGUACGCUGUAUCGGUUGCCGUAAUAGCCGGAUGUCCUAGCGGAAGGGUCCUAGACUCCUAGUGAGAGCCCCGGUUGCAUAUGGUGGGGCAUGGCGGCCUACGAGGGCUGCAGUAGUUGGAAGGUAUUAGCGCGGGUAGCUGACAGUUGGGUGUUUCAGCCCAUGGCAUGGCGCGUGUGACGGCUGAAAGAUGCUUGGGGAACCUAGUUGCGUCGGUGUUGCGUGCGCAGGUGCGAAGAAUAUAGGUUUGGCUUGCAUGCAGGAAGCUGCUUUGCAGCGUAGGGUGGAAUGAGAGCGCCUAUACUUCAUUGGAAUCUGUGCACGGCAAAGGGGUUCAAAGAGUUGGAUGCCUGUCUUUCUUGCCUAAUCCCACACGUGGUCCAAGACUUUGCAGAUAUCUUGUACGAUUUCGUGUCCUGUCGUGUACGACACUGGUGCGUACCGAGAGCUGUCCUAAGACACCAUUUAGGGUCUGUGGCGUUUCUGUGCGGCGGCCCCGCUGUAGCUGGUGUGUGGAGGUCUAGGGGAGUGGUGCUGCGAGUGCUGUUAACGGACGGACUCAACAACGGCAAUGCGGGUGGCGGCAAGGCAACGGAAGUUGGCCAGAAGGCAAGCGGUCCUCACUCCUUUACCCUGAAUUUACCAGGUGCGGUUGAGCGGGCAGCUCACUGCAUGCGAC